GAAAGUUGUACUUCAACUUUCAUUGUUAUUUUUAAAAGUUGAUGAUGGUGUUGUGUAGAUUUUGAGAAUUUUUAUUUAUGUAUGAAAAUAAAUUUUAAAACACAGAACUUGUAUCUAUAAUGCUAAUUCAUAAUUAAUUUUUACCAUUUUAUAAGCUGGUAAAAUUUUUAAAGUUCUAAUUAGAUAUGGCGAGACGGAAUGUGUCUCAAAACAAAAUUACUACUGGUUCUUUAGAAAAAAUAGUUGGUGUAAAUUCUGGGAAAAAAACUCCGUUAUAUGAUUAUGAUGUAAUACUUGGACGUUCUAAAACUGCUUAUAUAAGUAGCCAAGACCCAAAUGUGUCAAGAAACCACUGUUCUCUGAAAUAUACUCCAAAUGGAUGGUUAAUAAAAGAUUUAGGAAGUGUCAACGGGACUUACAUUGACAAUGUUCGAAUUCCUUCUAAUGAACAUGUUCCACUCACUUCUGGCUGUUCAAUAUAUUUUGGACCAAAGGAAGAUGCACCAGAAGGAUAUAAAUUUGAAGGUGCCAAACUCUCAAAUGGUGAAAAUGAGCUGGGGAAAAGAGCUUCCCGUAAAAAUUACUGUUCUCAGAAAUCCUCUGACACUAAAGCUGUUAAAAGAAAAGCUUCUCCUACUGGCAUGCCUCCCCAGAACAGCUCAGAAAAAAGGACUGUGAUUGAUGUGAUUGGUGUUCCAGCUGUUGGAAACUCGAAUCUCUUAGUAAAAUCAAAUAAUCACAGCUGUGAAGAGGACGGUUAUCACACUGAUUCUUCUAUAUCAAGUUUAGACAGUUUAAAAACUAGAAUACGUAAAGCCAAUUCAUCUCAAAAGAAGAAGGAAAAGCGAGCAAGAUUCUGUCGGGAGGACAAUUUAAUUGGUCCAUCCACUUCAACUGGUCUCUUUCGGCCAGUACCUGGUCUUGAAAGAUUGCCUUUCCAAGAGAAUUCUGACAGCGAAAAUUCACAGAGCCUUUUGAAUGAUGAUAUUGCUGAUUGGAAUCCAGACAGUCAGACUUAUAAGAAUCAAGAUUUGAAGAAUGUUAGUCCUGUGAAGAAAUUCUUGUGUUCCACUGAUUUAAAUUCAAGUAGUGUGGCUGUACAUUCUAAUCUUCUUAAAGUCUUACAAAAGAAAGUGAAUGACUUGCAGAAGACUAUCAAAACUUUAAAUUUAAAAUUUUCUGAUACUAUGAAUGAAAAUGCAAGACUAGUUGAAGUUUUGAAAUCUAAAGAAGAAGCUGAAAUAAAUGUGAAGGAAGAUUUCAAAAAACUCUUAGAAGAUGAACUGAUUUGUAAUAUUUGUACAGAGCUGUAUAUAAAACCAAUAACCUUGGGAUGUUCUCACACAUUUUGUCAACAUUGUAUUUUUGAGUGGAAGAAAAAGAAAAAGCAAUGUCCUAUGUGUCGAGAAAGAAUUGAAACAGAAACUACUUGCCUGUUUUUGGACAACUUUAUAAACAAAGCAGUAGAGAAAUUGGAUCCACCUAGUUUAGAGAAACGUCUGGAACUAUUGAAAAAAAGAGAAGAAUCACAAAAAAAAAAACCAAAGCGUAAAAAAUCUAAAAGUAAUAAUAGAAGAACCAGUAACCCACCAGAAGUUGCUGAAGUUGACAGAGAAGAUGAAGUAGAAUAUCUUCGAUCACGAAUCAGUGAAAUUCAGUCUUAUACAGAUGACAUUCAAAGUUAUGUUGAUGUAAUUGAUGAACUGAUUAAUGAUAGAAUUCCAGACAGUGGAGAAAAUAAUAGUCAUGCCUACUUUGGUGGAUUUGGGCGUUGUUACAAUUGCGGUCGACUCGGGCAUUGGGCUGACGAUUGUCCUCAUUAGAAAAGAGCUAGUUAUUUAUAACCAUUCAAAACUUCUUUGGUGUAACUAUGUUUCGAUAUUAGUUGGUAUUGCAACCAUCUUUUUCCUCCUUUUGUAUAUGAUUAUCAUUAUAAAAUUUUUUAUGUCAAAUGUUUAUUUCCUUCUAUUUUUUGAAAAAGUCUUCUGAUAUAAAAGUAGAAUACUGUGUUUAAAAAUAAAGAUCUUAGUGUUAUUCUUUAAAA